AUGGCGGCGCAUUUUGACGUGCUGAUCCUCGGCACGGGCGUCCCAGAAGGCGUUCUUUCUGCCGCACUGAGCCGCGCCGGUAAGACGGUUUUGCACGUAGAUGCCAACGCCUACUAUGGGGAGUCAUGGGCGAGUCUUUCGCUUGCAGAGCUCGCCGCGUGGGCACACAAUACGCCCGGCGCAACGCUCGCAUUUCCACGCGCAAACACGGAAGGCCGAGUGCCGGAGGAAAUGAAGCCGCUUGAUCGAUACUACUCGCUCUCGCUGCGCCCGACACUGCUUCCAUCGCACGGCCCUAUGAUUGAGGCGGUCGUGCGCUCGAAUGUAGCGACGUACGCAACCUUUCGUCUUUUGGACCAUGUCGCUACAUUCAAUGCAACGAGUGCGCAGUUGGAGCGCGUUCCGAGCAACAAGAGCGAGAUUUUUAAGCACAAAGGUGUCUCACUCGCAGAUAAGCGCCGGCUCAUGCGGUUCCUGCAGCUUGCCGCAGAGCACGACCGUUCGUCGCUGCCGCCGACACUGUCGGGCGUGCUGAGCGACACGCUGCAACUUACUCCAGCGCUGCAAAGUGCACUGCAGUACGGUGCUGCUCUUUCGUGGGGUGCAGACGAAGCGACAGAGACUGCCUUCGGUAGGGUGCACACCUACCUCAAGAGCCUUGGCAAGUACGGCGACGGAGCGUACCUUUGCGGUCAGUACGGCGGUGCGGGUGAACUUGCGCAAGGAUUUGCGCGCUCGUCUGCCGUGCAUGGCGGCAUGUUCAUUUUAGGACAUGCAGUGGAAAAUCUCGCGUACAACGAUGCGCAAUGGUCGCUUUCACUCGCCGGCAUCCCCGACACCUUCACAGCCGACCAGCUGGCCGCGCCGUCUGCGGUCUUGGGGAAGCACGUCCAAACGAUUGUCGCGCACGAGCACCUUGCCAUUUUUGUUACCGAUACGCCACUGGACUGGGAACGCGUCGCGCAUACAGGCCUUGAGGAGGAGGCAACGACGCCCGAAACCGCCCUGCUUGUCUUUCCGCCCGGUAGCGUCGGCGCGAAUGAGCGUGCAGUGAUGGUGCUCAUGCAAGGCGAAGGCACAUUUUCGUGUCCCAAAGGACAAUACGUUUUCUACAUCACUACACACACCGGCGGCCCUGACUUGCAUACGCCACAAACCGUGCUCGGCCCCUCUUUGGUGCAGCUUGAGACGUUGUUGGCAGUGCCGGGAAGGCCACCUAUUUUGACACUGUAUACCUCGCGCGCCAUCCCUGACCAAGAUGAGCACACAGCGCCCGCCUUUGUAGACACAACGGCGAGGAGCACGAGCGCCGUGCCGCGCUCCUCGCUCGAUCUCGAGGCAGAUGCGCCGUCGCAACCGAUUCCCAACAUGACCGAAAUCCUCGACCUUGCCGUCCAGGACGCCGAGCACGCGUUUUGGCAGAUUGCAGGCACGGAAUCGCUGCGCGAAGAGGCACGGCAUGUUGCGUAUGCGCGGCAGAAACACCACGAUAUAGCAGCGUACCAAGGCCGAGGUGGCGCAGAGCCCGACAAAGAAAAAGCGCCGCCGCGCGCCGCGCUCGAGUUUUUUUCACCUGCAACGGAAAAAGACGAGGCUAUGUAG